AUGGGGUGUCACACCUUCUGGGAUGUCAUUGGUAAGGAUGUUUCUGAUUUCUUGCUUAAUUGUUUAUCUAAGAAGUCUUUUCCUGCAAAUUUGAAUGAUGCUAAUAUAGUAUUGAUCCCAAAAAAAUGCUCCCCUGUAUCUGUGGCUGAUUUAAGUCCAAUAGCUGUGUGCAAUGUGCUGUAUAAGAUAAUGGCGAAAAUGAUUGCUAAUCGUAUGAAACCAUUGCUUGAUGGUAUGAUUUCUGUUUCGCAAAGUGCUUUUUUACCUAGUAGGCUGAUCUCAGAUAAUAUACUUAUUGCAUCUGAGGUUGGCCAUUAUUUGAGGAGGAAACAGUUGGGGCAGGUUGGGUGGGCGGCCUUAAAACUUGAUAUGGCGAAAGCAUAUGACAGGAUGGAGUGGCCUUUUGUGCAGCAGAUGUUGAUUGGCUUGGGUUUUGAUGAAAUAUGGGUGCUGUUGGUAAUGUUGUGUGUGCAGUCAGUACGGUACAGGGUUCUGGUCAAUGGGAAGCCUACAGAGGAAAUAGUGCCCACGAGGGGGCUGAGACAAGGAGAUCCAUUGUCUCCUUAUUUGUUUAUAAUUUGUGCUGAGGGCUUAUCAUUGUUGUUGCAGGACUCUCAGGCUAAAGGGCUCUUACAUGGUUGUAGAGUGGCUAGGGGGGCGCCAUCUAUCUCGCAUCUGUUUUUUGCUGAUGAUAGAUUACUAUUCUUUAAGGCUAAUUUGCAGGAUGCUUUGGAGGUAAAGAAAUGUCUGGGAUUUUAUGAGGCUUUCUCUGGGCAGGCGGUUAAUUUUCAGAAAUCAAGUAUUACGUUUAGUCGUAAUACACAGGUGGAGGUAAGGGACCUGGUUGCGAAUUCCUUGGGGGUGGGCCAAGCUGAUGAUUUUGGGAAAUAUCUUGGAUUGCCUUCUAUUGUAGGCCGAAAUAGGAGUGCAGUAUUCGCAUAUGUUGAGCAGAAGUUGAGACAGAGGUUCGGUUCAUGGAACAAGAGGCUGCUAUCUAAAGCAGGGAAAGAGGUGCUUCUAAAGAGUGUAGCACAUGCAAUGCCUACCUACACAAUGAGCAUUUAUUUACUCCCUAUGACUUUGUGUAAUGCUCUAGAAAGGUUGAUGAACAGGCGGAGAAUUGGUAAUGGAAGGACCACCAGGGUUUUAAAUCAUCCGUGGAUACCUGAUGCUAUUGAUCCCUAUGUAGCCUCGACUCACCCAGGUCUGAGGCAGGAGCUUCUGGUUUCAGACUUGAUUGAUAAUGCCACCAAUGGGUGGAAUAAUGAACUGCUGGAUGAGUUGUUUGCCCCACGAGAUGUUUUGUUGAAUAAGCAGCUCCCUGUUAGUUUGGAUUGUGAUGAUGAUUGGUUUUGGGGCAGGGAUCUGAGGGGUUGCUACUCGGUUAAAGAUGGUUACAGGAGGUUGGGAGAGGUAAAUGGCCCAUGCUUGCCAGUAUGGGGUAAUUUGUGGAGUUUACAGGUCCCCCCAAGAUGGAGAAUUUUUAUGUGGAGAGCUUUGUCUGACAUUCUGCCCACCCUUGAUAAUUUAAUUAAUAGAAGAGUUGAGUUGAUUAAUAUUUGCCCAGUAUGUGGCAUGGAGGAGGAAACUAUCAUGCAUGUUUUAUGUUCUUGUUCUUUUUCUUCACAAGUGUGGAAUUUUUCUCAACUGCUUAUCCCUUCUUUUGAUGGCAGGAGUUUUAGGCAAUGGACAGAUCUAUGGCUUGGCAACUCGCUCACUUAUAGUUCAGAGGCUCAGGGGAGGAUAUGUGGUUUGUUAUACGACAUUUGGAUUGCCCGGAAUGAGGCGGUUUGGGAUGGUUGUUUGCCAAUGCCAUGUGUGGUGGUCAGGAGGUUCACAACGAAGUGGAUUUCAUGGACUGCAGCUGAUCAGCAUCGUAGUACCACGCGUGUAGCGCAUGCAUCUCCGGGUUUGGCUUCAGUGUUAGAUGAUGGUGUGAUUUGUCGUGUAGAUGCGGGCUUUCACGUACAAAAUCAUGCACCGGCUUAUGGUUUUAUAGUGCAGGAGAUAGAUGGAACCUUUGUGGCGGCAGGGAAUGGUCCUCUUAUUUGCCCAUAUGACCCCCUCUUGGCGGAAGCUAUGGCUUUGUGUGAGACUUUAUCAUGGCUAAGGGAUAAUGGCUACUCAAGGAUUUCAGUGGGCUCCGAUAGUCUUGUUUUAGUUUCUAGUCUUAAGCAUGCAAGUUCGUUUCGUACUUAUUUUGGUUAUGUUUUGCUAGCUUGCAAUCAUUUGUUAUCUUCUAUGACUAAUUCAUCAGUUAUUCAUGUUCGUAGGGAUGAUUUACAGGCUGCCCAUGUUAUGGCUAAGCAUGUAACUGCCUCUUUGGAGGGAUAUUCCUCCUUCUUUCCUUGA